ACAAAUAAAUUCAACUGGAACACUCACUUUGUAUUCUACAGGAACUGUCACUGCGAAUCACUAAGCCUAAAAACAUUUUAUUUAGAAUUUCCUCCGAACCUAUUAUAUAAUGCAAAACAAUCAAGUAUGAAAUUUUGUAUCAAAAAGUGUUUAUCUUAUUUAUGCCUGGUACAUUCUACAGAGCAAGAAUUUCUAGAUCUUAAUUUAAUUUCACCUGGCAUACCUGAAAGCACCGAAGAUAUAGUGCUAGUUAUUUUAAGAUUGAGAGAGCUAUAUAAUGUAGAAAUCGAAUCAGUUGUCGAUAAAAUAGUAGGUAGUAAAGACUGGUUAUCCCCUCAAUUUUAUGCAAAUGCUAUUCUAAGAAGAUGUGUGAGAUUAUCAACGAAGCCGCCAUCCCAAUGCAAUUUUAUGCUGAUUUGCACUUUGAUAAGUAAUAUUAUCUCUGAGCAUUAUUAUGCUACAGAAUGCUUCACUUUUGCGAAUUUAGGAUUGCAGUGCCUUUUGCAAGUAUACGACAGAUGUUACAAGGAACUCUUUAUGAGCAUGGAUGAAUACCAAACUCUGACCUUGUAUUGUAGAAGUUUUAAUCCCAGUUUUAUUUUAGAAGAGUACGACUCUGUAAAACCUUCGCCUCUCUAUGCCAAAGAGCGUAUUUGCUCGUUAAUCGAAAGCCUGCAAGAUAUCGACGAAGCGAACUUUCAAUUUACAGAUUCCGAACAGGAAAUGUUAGACGCUUUAAUUGCUUCCAUCCAAACUGACAUUACCAUUCAAGAAGCAAGAGGCAGUUUAUCCGAAUCAUCUUCAAACGAUAAUACUAGUCCGGAAGAAACAAUUGAUUAUUCAAACGUACCAGAUAAGACUAGUUCAGAAGAAACAAUUGAUUAUUCAAACGUACCAGAUAAGACUAGUUCAGAAGAAACAAUUGAUUAUUCAAACGUACCAGAUAAGACUAGUUCAGAAGAAACAAUUGAUUAUUCAAACGUACCAGAUAAGACUAGUUCAGAAGAAACAAUUGAUUAUUCAAACGUACCAGAUAAGACUAGUUCAGAAGAAACAAUUGAUUAUUCAAACGUACCAGAUAAGACUAGCUCGGAAAAAAUGAUUGAUUGUUCAAACGUACCAGAUAAGACUAGUUCGGAAGAAACAACUGAUUGUUCUAACGUACCAGUAAAUCAUUCAUCUCGCAUAAAUCGAAUCUGCAUUUUCUGUGGAAUAAGAUGUUUUGGAAUCAUAUUGUCAUACAAAAACGAACUUGUAGCAAGGUGAAAUAACAUAUUAGACAAUUUCGAAGAAGUCGGAC